CGGGGGCGGGGGCCUGGCGAGAGGGGGCAUUGUGUCGGCAGCGGCGAGCCGCGUUUGUCUGCUCGAGGGGCUGGCGGAGCGAGCGUUGUGUCCGCCGGCCGGUCGCGAGCUGGAAGUGUCAUCGGUGGCCGCGGCCCCGGGAGGAGACCGAGUCGGAGGAACCUCGCGCCCGCUGUCCACGACCACCGGCAGGGAGCGGCGUGCCAGCGGAGCAACAUGCAGAUAGGCGCCCGGCGCCCUGACGACCCCUCCAGAGGAAAAGAGUCCGGGGCGGCGCUGGGGCGGCGGGGAGCAUGAAGGAGGCCGGGGGGCGGCUCAGCUCGGAGCGCUGCUAGGAGCGCUGCGCGCUGCACAGUCGCCAGGGCGCAGCGGAGGGCGGGGAGCCGGGCGGGGAGCCGGGCGGGUCGCGCCAGCGAGCGGGAGCCGGUCGCCGGGAGCUGUUCUGAUUUCGGACGCGGACGCUAGGGGCCCGGAGCAGCCCCCGACCUCGGCGUGCAGCCAACAUGGGCAACGCGGGGAGUAUGGAUUCGCAGCAGACCGAUUUCAGGGCGCACAACGUGCCUUUGAAGCUGCCGAUGCCGGAGCCAGGUGAACUGGAGGAACGAUUUGCCAUCGUGCUGAAUGCUAUGAACCUACCCCCUGACAAAGCAAGGUUACUGCGGCAGUAUGACAAUGAGAAAAAGUGGGAACUGAUUUGUGACCAGGAACGGUUCCAGGUGAAGAAUCCUCCCCACACAUACAUUCAAAAGCUCAAAGGCUAUCUGGAUCCAGCUGUAACCAGGAAGAAAUUCAGACGGCGUGUUCAAGAAUCCACACAAGUGCUGAGAGAACUGGAAAUUUCUUUAAGAACCAACCAUAUUGGAUGGGUCAGAGAGUUUUUGAAUGAAGAAAACAAAGGCCUCGAUGUCCUGGUGGAGUAUCUGUCGUUUGCACAGUAUGCGGUAACGUUUGACUUUGAAAGCGUGGAAAGCACCGUGGAGAGCUCGGUGGACAAAUCAAAGCCCUGGAGCAGGUCCAUCGAGGACCUGCACCGAGGCAGCAACCUGCCCUCCCCCGUGGGCAACAGUGUGUCCCGCUCCGGAAGGCAUUCUGCACUGCGAUAUAAUACUUUGCCAAGCAGAAGAACCUUGAAAAAUUCAAGAUUAGUGAGUAAGAAGGAUGAUGUGCAUGUCUGCAUCAUGUGUUUACGUGCCAUCAUGAAUUAUCAGUAUGGUUUCAACAUGGUCAUGUCUCAUCCACAUGCUGUCAACGAGAUUGCACUAAGCUUGAACAACAAGAAUCCAAGAACAAAAGCCCUUGUGUUAGAACUGUUGGCAGCCGUUUGUCUUGUCAGAGGCGGGCAUGAAAUCAUUUUAUCAGCAUUUGACAACUUUAAGGAGGUUUGUGGAGAAAAGCAGCGCUUUGAGAAGUUGAUGGAACAUUUCAGGAAUGAAGACAAUAACAUCGAUUUUAUGGUGGCCUCUAUGCAGUUUAUUAAUAUUGUAGUCCAUUCAGUAGAAGAUAUGAAUUUCAGAGUUCAUCUCCAGUAUGAAUUUACCAAGUUAGGCCUGGACGAAUACUUGGAUAAGCUGAAACACACGGAGAGUGACAAGCUGCAGGUGCAGAUCCAGGCGUACCUGGACAACGUGUUUGACGUGGGAGCUCUGCUGGAAGACGCCGAGACCAAGAACGCAGCCUUGGAAAGGGUGGAGGAGCUGGAAGAAAACCUCUCUCAUUUGUCUGAAAAACUGCAAGACACGGAGAACGAAGCCAUGUCCAAGAUCGUGGAACUGGAGAAGCAGCUCAUGCAGAGGAACAAGGAGCUGGAUGUGGUUCGAGAAAUCUACAAAGAUGCAAAUACCCAGGUUCACACCUUAAGGAAAAUGGUCAAAGAAAAAGAAGAAGCCAUUCAAAGACAGUCUACCCUGGAAAAAAGGAUUCAUGAACUGGAAAAACAAGGGACCAUUAAAAUUCAGAAGAAAGGGGAUGGGGACAUCGCCAUACUGCCGGUUGUGGCUUCCGGCACGUUGUCCACGGGCUCGGAAGUAGCAGUGGGACCGGUAACGGGGGCUGCCGCCUCGGGACCCUUGCCCCCACCUCCCCCACCUCUACCUCUGUUGUCAGAUGCACCUGAAACAGUGCAAAAUGGUCCGGUAACACCACCUAUGCCACCCCCUCCUCCACCCCCUCCCCCGCCACCGCCUCCCCCACCCCCUCCACCUCCGCCUCUGCCGGGUCCUGCCUCCGAGACUGUGCCAGCUCCUCCUUUACCACCACCCCUUCCUCCUUCUGCACCCCCGCUGCCUGGGACGUCUUCACCCACAGUGGUUUUCAACUCAGGAUUAGCAGCUGUGAAAAUUAAGAAGCCAAUCAAGACGAAAUUCAGAAUGCCAGUUUUUAACUGGGUUGCCCUGAAGCCAAAUCAGAUCAAUGGCACAGUCUUCAAUGAAAUUGAUGACGAGCGAAUUCUGGAGGAUUUAAAUGUGGAUGAAUUUGAGGAAAUUUUUAAGACAAAAGCCCAAGGUCCUGCCAUUGAUCUUUCUUCAAGCAAACAGAAGAUAACACAGAAGGGAUCCAACAAGGUGACGUUACUGGAAGCAAAUAGGGCCAAAAACCUUGCCAUCACUUUAAGGAAGGCUGGAAAGACCGCCGACGAGAUUUGUAAAGCCAUUCAUGUCUUUGACUUGAAGACGCUGCCUGUGGACUUUGUGGAAUGUUUGAUGAGGUUCUUGCCGACCGAGAAUGAGGUGAAAGUGCUUCGGCUCUACGAGCGGGAGAGGAAGCCGCUGGAGAACUUGUCGGACGAGGACCGCUUCAUGAUGCAGUUCAGCAAGAUCGAGAGGCUCCUGCAGAAGAUGACCAUCAUGACCUUCAUCGGGAACUUCGCCGAGAGCGUCCAGAUGCUCACGCCUCAACUGCACUCCAUUAUAGCAGCAUCUGUCUCUAUAAAGUCGUCUCAAAAACUCAAGAAAAUUCUGGAGAUCAUCUUGGCCCUUGGGAACUAUAUGAACAGCAGUAAACGAGGAGCAGUUUAUGGAUUUAAGCUUCAGAGUUUAGAUCUGCUUUUAGAUACGAAGUCGACAGACCGAAAGCAAACACUGCUGCACUAUAUAUCCAACGUCGUAAAGGAAAAGUAUCAGCAAGUGUCCCUCUUUUACAAUGAGCUCCAUUAUGUGGAGAAAGCUGCUGCAGUCUCCCUCGAGAAUGUCUUGCUGGACGUGAAGGAGCUGCAGAGGGGCAUGGACCUGACCAAGCGGGAGUACACCAUGCACGACCACAACACGCUGCUGAAGGACUUCAUCCUCAGCAACGAGGGGAGGCUGAAGAAGCUGCAGGACGACGCCAAGAUCGCGCAGGACGCCUUUGAUGAUGUGGUGAAGUAUUUUGGAGAAAACCCCAAGACGACGCCGCCCUCUGUCUUCUUCCCUGUGUUUGUCCGGUUUGUGAAGGCCUACAAGCAAGCGGAGGAGGAGAACGAGCUGAGGAAGAAGCAGGAACAGGCGCUCAUGGAGAAGCUCCUGGAGCAGGAAGCUCUGCUGGAGCAGCAGGACCCAAAGUCUCCUUCUCACAAAUCAAAGAGGCAGCAGCAAGAAUUAAUUGCGGAAUUAAGAAGGCGGCAAGUUAAAGAUAACAGACAUGUGUACGAAGGGAAGGAUGGUGCCAUUGAAGAUAUCAUCACAGAUCUUAGAAACCAACCAUACAGACGAGCCGACGCGGUGAGGAGAAGUGUCAGGCGGCGCUUUGAUGAUCAGAACUUGCGUUCUGUUAAUGGUGCCGAAAUAACCCUGUGAACCUGAGACCUGACUGAAUGAAUAGUUUGUGCGUGAAAGAAGCUGUCCACAUGAACUUUAUGUACCGCCAUUUAACUGCAGCCUUGAACAUAGAUGAAGUAUUCUAAGGGCUCAGAUUUAGCAAACAUAGGAAUUUUAAAAUGAUGGGCCCUCCUUUCAACCUUUGUUAACAAGUGCCUAAAAGUGGAAGUACCUGCUCAGAUUAAUCAAAGCAAUAGGAUUGGAUUUGAUUAGGUAUCUUUUUACACCAGUAUGUUACUCAAUUUUUUAAUCAAAUUGUAAAUUUCCUAUUACAUGUAUUACCUGCCAUUGUGAAUGUCCCAGGAUGGCCCACCCUGGUUUCCUACGAAGUUGUAAAUAAGAUGGAUGCCUCUGUGGUGGGCUCCUUUGUUGAGAUGUCUUUUAAGGAAUUUUGUGUUUCAGUCAUACUCACCAACUUUGUAUUUUUAAGGGCUUGCAACAUGGAAGGAAGAGGGAAAAGUCUCAUGAUAAACUUGUGUGCAAAACCAAGCCCUAGCAAAGUUCAGAUAGAUUGCAAUUCCAGUAGCUCAGGAGGAUACUCAGCGGUCUCCUUUCACAGUCUACUACCCUGUGCUAGUGUACCGUGCCCUUCCUGGGAGAGUCCCUGUAUGAAUGCAAGGAUAUGAUGGCAUACAAAUGUUGCACAGUACUGUUCUUCAGCUAGGGGCAGCUUUGAAAAGAUAAUGCAAUAUAUUUAUUAAUUAGCACUAAAAUUAACAUCUCAGUAAUCAGUAUUAGGAUUUCUGAGGAUCAUUAUGGGUCAAAACUGAGAAGAGAAAUCAGUGCCUUGCUAGCCAGGAAUAAGUUCACUAGUUCUAUCAACAGUGCUCAAGAUUACUUCUGCUGGCGGAGAAGUGUUAGUCACCCAGCCUUACUCUCCUCUGACAAUCGGUUGGCUCCGAGCCCCCCGCCCCUCCACCCACCCACCCCCUCCUUCUUCCUUUUGUUAAGUCGAAGAUAUAUUUGGCAUCAUAUAUCAAAGCGAAAAACUUUGUAUUUCCCAGAUUACUUUAUGAGGAAUUGAAUAUUCAUGUUGGGAUAAAGCUUAAAUGAGAUAUAAUGGGACUAAAUGGCCAAUUAAGCCACUGUUACUUUUCCUUCCUCUGGCAGGGCACUCGAUCCAUUCCAAAGUCAAAAACUGGACUGAAGCUAAUUUGUACUUUUCAUAAUAUACAUUCUGCUUCUGGCUUACCUUCUUGGUACAUCACAUCAGUAUAUUAAUUGUAAAGUUUAUUGUAUAGUAUUUAACCACUGAAUUUCUUAUUUUAUGUUGUGCUCAUGUGAACUCCUUGGUGAAGGUCCAAUUUUCUUUGGAUAAUGUGUAGUUAUAUAUGACCUCUUUUUAAAUGUACAGAUAUUUUGCUAUAAAAUUGGUGCAGUUUUUUAUGGUUUUUACACUUAAUUCCCACCUAAGCCUCUGGGUAAUAUUGUAAAUAUUGUUUAAAAAUGCAUCGGCCUAUGCUAUACAAUCUGAAUGUUAUUUUAACUUAUAGUUUUUUUAAUAUAUAUAUUUAACUACAAGGACAGUUUAGAGAUCAGUUAUCACAUUUCACUUUAGCACACCUAUUUACAGAAAGAUUGCUUUUAAACAGCCACUUGCCAGCAAAUUUUCAUAAAUGUGUACUUCAAAAAGAACAUGCCAAGAUUUUGUUUUUCUGUUGACCCAACUUUAAUUUUGACAAUACCAUGAGACACACAAUACAAAUUGGUCCUUUACCACAAGCAGCUGGUUCCCAAAGCUCAAUGCUGACGAGCACAUUAAAAUCACUACUAUUUAUUAAUCUCCAAGUAGACAAUAAUGUUGGCAUGUUCUUUUCUGUUUGUCUAUUAAUAGGCCUGCUUCUUAGCAAUAUUAGAAAUGUUUUAUAAAAGCAGUUCAUGUUACUUUUCUGGUCUUUUCAUGGCAUAUGAGCAAAUAAACUAUUUACACCACUACCCUGUAA